AUGUUCAGAAACACUUUGACAAAACAAGUCCGUUUAUUUUCUACUACCAACGCCAAGUUUGGCACUAAAGUCUUUAUGGAACCUUCCAUCAAUGGUACAAAAGUUGGCAGAAUUGAAUUCGAAUUAUACGAUGACGUUGUCCCAAAGACAGCUGAAAACUUCAGAGCUUUAUGUACCGGUGAAAAGGGAUUCGGUUACAAGAAUGUCCCAUUCCACAGAAUCAUCCCAAACUUCAUGCUACAAGGUGGCGACACUGAUUUAGCUAAUGGUAUGGGUGGUAAAUCAAUUUAUGGUGAUAGAUUCAACGACGAAAACUUCGUUAAGUUGCACACCAAACCAGGUCUAUUAUCAAUGGCCAAUGCUGGCCCAAACACAAACGGUUCCCAAUUCUUUAUUACAACUGUCCCAUGUAAAUGGUUAGAUGGCCACCAUGUUGUGUUCGGUGAAGUCACCAAAGGUAUGGACAUUGUCAAGAAGAUCGAGUCCUAUGGCUCUGAAAAUGGUACUCCAAGUGCUGAGAUCAUUAUCGAGGAAGCUGGUGAAUUGUAA